GUGGAUUAUUUUUAGUUGGUUUUAUAUUGAACAAAACUUGAACUUCAAUAUUGUUGUUAAAAAUGUCUGUAGUAUCUACUUUUACAUCGCAGGCUGUGGCAGAAUGGUCGAGGCUAUUUCCAGUUCAAGCCACCGAAACGUUCACAAGUUCGGCAACUUUUAUGAAACAGUUGACGGUAGUCGCGAUCAGUACCAUCACAUAUUUGAAGAACGUUUUUCCUGAAGAAAGUUACACUAUGGAGACUUUCGGAGGUAUUAAGUUACGGAUUCUGAAGAAAAGAUGUAGGGACGAGCUAGCCGAGUUUGUGAGCACGGCACUAACCCAAGCUUUUGAGGCUUUGGAUAAGAAAUACCUACACCAACUAGUAAUAUGUUUUUACGAUGGCGACUGCAAAAUGGAGAAUUUAGCAGAAUACCACGUAUUUGAAUACUUGUACAAUGCCGAUGGGGUGGCCAUGAAUGUCCACUCUAAAACUAAGGAUAACGCCAAAACUUCAACUAGAUAUGCAUUCGAAAAUGUUCGGGAAAGGACUAUCCACUUGAUCAGGGCUUGUGUGGUCAUCAUGCAAGGUUGUCAGAUGGAAAUGCCUGAGUCGUAUGAUGUCAGCUUGCGUCUGUAUUAUAAUGAAGAUGCACCAGAAGGCUAUCAAGCGCCAGGGUUUUUAAGCGCCAUAGAGGAACAUGAUCACAUAGAGUCAACGCUACCGGAGUCUGUGAAGUUGGGAUAUGUGGAGACGCCUUUUCACAGGAUGACUACAAGGACUUAUAUUCGGGAAACCUUGGGAUCUAGCCAUGAUGCUAAUCCAUCUCAAAACCCACCAAAGCUGACCCAAAAUGAUCGGGACGAUUUCCAGAGCAGUUCAGCAAUGAGAAGUGCAUCGGCCUCUAGUGAGAUGCGGGUACUAUGUCCGUGCAACAAGCAUGAUGCUGAUGAUCUCAUACAUGCUAUUCUGACUUGCCAGUACUGCAACACUUUACAACAUGCCGCGUGCUACGGCAUACUGCGCGAGAAGGCAGCUAAAGUGCAGCGCCAUUGUUGCACCGAGUGCUCCGAUAUGGAUCCCAGCAGAGACCCCACUGACCAGCGACUGGCUUCCCUAAGCGUUAAGAAGAGAGAAUGCCUUUGCAUUUUCCGUCGAACCAUAGAGUGGUGUUCUUAUGUGUCCGUGAUCGGGGCACAGGACCUUGUGGAUAAAUUCGCUUUAUCACCUGUAAACGCUUCCAAAUUGAUGAAACUCUUGCAUUCACAUGGCAUCAUUGAUCAAGGAUCGGAUUCUGACCUCGUUUCACCAUGCAAAAUAAUCCCCGACCAGCUAAAAUCAGUGAUCAGCAAAUUCUUCCAAAACGAAGAAGAAGGCUUAGUUGACCAACUGAUCGCCGAAACGCUUUCUCAAGGUAGCCAACCUGACCCUGUAGGAGAAGUCUUAAGCCCAAUGGAAAAGGUCAAUUUGCAAAAUGCGUCAACACUUGGCAAGAUUAUAGAACCGGAACCAAUGCAAGUUUUUGAAGAUGAAACGUUGAAAGAAUAUAGAGAUGCCAUUAUGUGUGAUGUGGAGCCAGAACAAGGUUUACCUUUAAGCGGCAGUCACAACCCUGUCAAUGUUGAAGAUUUGGGCAAAAGGACCAGGAAGAGACCGAACACGGCUAAAAGGACCGGAGUUAAAACAAAGAGGGCUAGAGCUUCCAACGAUUAAUAAUUUGUCAUUUGUUACCUACUUAAACUUCGAUUUGUUCAUCUCAUUUUUAUAUUUAUAAUUUUCAUCAAGUGGUGGCUUUGAAUAAAUCUUUUUCUUAAAAAAAGUGUUAUUCUUCAUUACAACAGUAAAACUAAGCUUGCUUGACGAGAUCUAUGGAUCAAGAUUAGGAAGGUAAAUGUCAAAUGAGCAGUUG